AUGAGCGUAACAGAUUCAGAGGCGAUCAAAGCGCUGGGAUUGCUCUCAUUUGAGGAGCUGUCUCUGCUUCACGACCAUAAAAUGGCACUCAAGAAGGACCACGCAGCCUAUGUUGAUGCACACCCGGAAAUCAAGACGCUACUAAGUGGUUUCAUGACGGCACUGCUGCUUGAAAAGCCGCAGGACGUCGUAGCUUUUGCAUCAAAACACUUUGCGACCUACAAGUCACUGCCACAUACAGAGCUGGAACCGAUUGUGAUUGCUGGUCCUUCAGGUGUCGGCAAGGGAACGCUCAUUAACUUGCUUUUAGCAGCGUUUCCCAACACUUUUGGAUUCUCAGUGAGUCAUACGACACGUGGACCGCGUGAGGGUGAAGUGGAUGGUGUAUCCUAUCACUUUAUAGAGAAGGAGACGAUGCUCAAGGAGAUCGAGGCUGGUCUGUUCUUGGAACAUGCCCAGGUGCAUGGCAACAUAUAUGGCACUAAUAAACGUGCAGUGCAGGACGUUCAGGAGAAGGGCAAGAUAUGCAUUUUGGACAUUGACAUCCAGGGUGUGCAGCAGGUCAAAAAGGCGGGUCUUUGUGCCAAGUACCUCUUCAUUGCUCCACCUUCCAUGGAAGAGCUUGAGAAACGUUUGCGUGGACGUGCCACCGAAACCGAGGAUAAGAUUCAGUUGCGUGUGAAGAAUGCUGCCGAUGAACUUGUCUUUGGUCAGCAACCGGGUGUAUUUGACGCCAUUCUUGUCAACAGGGUAGUGGAUGAUAGCUUCCGGGAGCUAGUUGUCAUGCUCAAGCAGUGGUACCCAACUGUAGAGCUGAAGUAG